AUGGCAGGCCAGAAGGAUGAGUCGCACGCGACCCAAUCGGCUCUGUGGACUAGGUCCCUUCUGGCUGGAGCAGCAGCAGGUCUAACCGUAGACGUCUCUCUUUUCCCCCUCGAUACUAUCAAGACUAGACUCCAGCAAGCUCGACAUAGGGCACCUAGCUCUUCAGUCGGAGGUUCAUUGAAUGCGAGUACUAGUAGCCUAAAGGUUUUACGACAGACAUUUCGCGGAAUAUAUGCUGGUUUACCCUCAGUUUUGCUUGGGUCCGCUCCAUCCGCCGCGAGUUUCUUUGUUGUCUACGAUGGCGUAAAACGAUAUUUCUUACCCCCAACUACCUCAUCUUCAACCGUGACAUGGCAGCAUACGUUCCUUACACACUCCGUCGCAUCGUCCCUAGGCGAAAUUGCUGCCUGUGCCGUUCGCGUACCGACCGAAGUUAUAAAACAACGAGCCCAAGCGGGACUCUUUGGAGGCUCAACUUUGUUAGCCCUUAAGGAUAUACUCUCUCUGCGCAGUGGAAACGGGGGGCCACUUCUGGUUGUCCGUGAAUUAUACCGAGGAACUUCUAUCACAAUUGCUCGAGAAAUCCCUUUUACUAUCCUACAGUUCACCAUGUGGGAAGGGAUGAAAGAUGCGUAUGCUACCUGGAAGAAGGAAAAUGACCCAAGUGAUAAAACGACGGGUGUAUCUGCUAUGUCGAGUGCAUUCUUUGGAAGUAUUGCCGGAGCUAUAUCAGCCGGGCUGACUACACCACUAGAUGUCGUUAAAACCCGAGUAAUGCUAGCCCGGCGUGGUGGGAAUACUGAGUCAGGUAUGGGAAAAGUCAGAGUUAGGGACAUAGUCAAAGGGAUAUGGAGAGAUGAAGGCGCUAGCGCAUUUUGGAAAGGGAUCGGGCCUCGGGUCGCUUGGAUUGGAAUUGGAGGAGCCAUUUUCCUUGGAAGCUACCAGAGAGCAUGGAACUUGAUGGAGGGCCGCCGCGCCGAACAGGAGCUCCAGUCUGAGCCUCUGUAG